AUGCAGGACGUUUUAACAAUUCCUGACCACGAGGAAACUUGUGAGGAUUUGUUCAUGGAAGAAUACAUAAGGUGUUGGUAUAAAAACAAAAGAACAGCUAGAAAUAAGAAUAUUAAAGCAGAGAUCGACAGAAAUGGUUCUACAUUGCUCCAUAGAUGGAAGGAGAAUAAUUUAGAACCCGAAAAGCGAUUUGCAGACCUUUCCUAUUUGAUGCAGUCGAACAUUUUAAAUGACAUGGAAAUUAAAUUUCAUAGAUCAUUAAUGAAACAAAACACAUUGAGAAACAUGGCAAGCUGGGCGAAUCGGCGCAUACGAACUCUAGAGGAAACAUGCCUCGAGUGGAAAAGCAGGAAAAUACCAGAUGAAGAAUUUAUUUUCAAGGUGCUUGAGACACCUAAGAUAUUUUUGGCCUGGUUAACAAGAUGCAUCCAGUUAAAUGAAUCCUUUAAAAUUGCUCAGCAACUGAGGGCAAGCAAAAUGUUUCAGUACAUUUUUGCCAUUUUUAAAUAUAUUCAAAGUAACAAUCUUGAAGAAUCAAUAUUAAGGGAAAUUGAUGAUUUUAUGGAAAAAGAAAUUCUCAAAAAACCUCAUAAAUUUAAACCCGACCCAGUUGUUAAUUUUGAAGAAGGUUCUGGAAAACUUCGCAAAAGAAAGAAAAGAUUCCGAAAAAGUUCAGACAAACUUGUUGAAAAAAAAUGUUUCAAUGAAAAUCCUUAUUAUGUUUCUAUUAAAGGAAAAUCUUACGACAAUCUGAUACAAAGUCUUUUUUCCAAAAAAAAGAGAGCACUACCUUCGGAGGCGUUAAUACGUCUUCAAGAUAAACUAGACAAUUCCUCCGAAAGAGAAGCCUCUCCUAAAAUCAAACCCGAAAAGCGAUUUGCAGACCUUUCCUAUUUGAUGCAGUCGAACAUUUUAAAUGACAUGGAAAUUAAAUUUCAUAGAUCAUUAAUGAAACAAAACACAUUGAGAAACAUGGCAAGCUGGGCGAAUCGGCGCAUACGAACUCUAGAGGAAACAUGCCUCGAGUGGAAAAGCAGGAAAAUACCAGAUGAAGAAUUUAUUUUCAAGGUGCUUGAGACACCUAAGAUAUUUUUGGCCUGGUUAACAAGAUGCAUCCAGUUAAAUGAAUCCUUUAAAAUUGCUCAGCAACUGAGGGCAAGCAAAAUGUUUCAGUACAUUUUUGUCAUUUUUAAAUAUAUUCAAAGUAACAAUCUUGAAGAAUCAAUAUUAAGGGAAAUUGAUGAUUUUAUGGAAAAAGAAAUUCUCAAAAAACCUCAUAAAUUUAAACCCGACCCAGUUGUUAAUUUUGAAGAAGGUUCUGGAAAACUUCGCAAAAGAAAGAAAAGAUUCCGAAAAAGUUCAGACAAACUUGUUGAAAAAAAAUGUUUCAAUGAAAAUCCUUAUUAUGUUUCUAUUAAAGGAAAAUCUUACGACAAUCUGAUACAAAGUCUUUUUUCCAAAAAAAAGAGAGCACUACCUUCGGAGGCGUUAAUACGUCUUCAAGAUAAACUAGACAAUUCCUCCGAAAGAGAAGCCUCUCCUAAAAUCAAACCCGAAAAGCGAUUUGCAGACCUUUCCUAUUUGAUGCAGUCGAACAUUUUAAAUGACAUGGAAAUUAAAUUUCAUAGAUCAUUAAUGAAACAAAACACAUUGAGAAACAUGGCAAGCUGGGCGAAUCGGCGCAUACGAACUCUAGAGGAAACAUGCCUCGAGUGGAAAAGCAGGAAAAUACCAGAUGAAGAAUUUAUUUUCAAGGUGCUUGAGACACCUAAGAUAUUUUUGGCCUGGUUAACAAGAUGCAUCCAGUUAAAUGAAUCCUUUAAAAUUGCUCAGGAACUGAGGGCAAGCAAAAUGUUUCAGUACAUUUUUGCCAUUUUUAAAUAUAUUCAAAGUAACAAUCUUGAAGAAUCAAUAUUAAGGGAAAUUGAUGAUUUUAUGGAAAAAGAAAUUCUCAAAAAACCUCAUAAAUUUAAACCCGACCCAGUUGUUAAUUUUGAAGAAGGUUCUGGAAAACUUCGCAAAAGAAAGAAAAGAUUCCGAAAAAGUUCAGACAAACUUGUUGAAAAAAAAUGUUUCAAUGAAAAUCCUUAUUAUGUUUCUAUUAAAGGAAAAUCUUACGACAAUCUGAUACAAAGUCUUUUUUCCAAAAAAAAGAGAGCACUACCUUCGGAGGCGUUAAUACGUCUUCAAGAUAAACUAGACAAUUCCUCCGAAAGAGAAGCCUCUCCUAAAAUCAAACCCGAAAAGCGAUUUGCAGACCUUUCCUAUUUGAUGCAGUCGAACAUUUUAAAUGACAUGGAAAUUAAAUUUCAUAGAUCAUUAAUGAAACAAAACACAUUGAGAAACAUGGCAAGCUGGGCGAAUCGGCGCAUACGAACUCUAGAGGAAACAUGCCUCGAGUGGAAAAGCAGGAAAAUACCAGAUGAAGAAUUUAUUUUCAAGGUGCUUGAGACACCUAAGAUAUUUUUGGCCUGGUUAACAAGAUGCAUCCAGUUAAAUGAAUCCUUUAAAAUUGCUCAGCAACUGAGGGCAAGCAAAAUGUUUCAGUACAUUUUUGCCAUUUUUAAAUAUAUUCAAAGUAACAAUCUUGAAGAAUCAAUAUUAAGGGAAAUUGAUGAUUUUAUGGAAAAAGAAAUUCUCAAAAAACCUCAUAAAUUUAAACCCGACCCAGUUGUUAAUUUUGAAGAAGGUUCUGGAAAACUUCGCAAAAGAAAGAAAAGAUUCCGAAAAAGUUCAGACAAACUUGUUGAAAAAAAAUGUUUCAAUGAAAAUCCUUAUUAUGUUUCUAUUAAAGGAAAAUCUUACGACAAUCUGAUACAAAGUCUUUUUUCCAAAAAAAAGAGAGCACUACCUUCGGAGGCGUUAAUACGUCUUCAAGAUAAACUAGACAAUUCCUCCGAAAGAGAAGCCUCUCCUAAAAUCAAACCCGAAAAGCGAUUUGCAGACCUUUCCUAUUUGAUGCAGUCGAACAUUUUAAAUGACAUGGAAAUUAAAUUUCAUAGAUCAUUAAUGAAACAAAACACAUUGAGAAACAUGGCAAGCUGGGCGAAUCGGCGCAUACGAACUCUAGAGGAAACAUGCCUCGAGUGGAAAAGCAGGAAAAUACCAGAUGAAGAAUUUAUUUUCAAGGUGCUUGAGACACCUAAGAUAUUUUUGGCCUGGUUAACAAGAUGCAUCCAGUUAAAUGAAUCCUUUAAAAUUGCUCAGCAACUGAGGGCAAGCAAAAUGUUUCAGUACAUUUUUGCCAUUUUUAAAUAUAUUCAAAGUAACAAUCUUGAAGAAUCAAUAUUAAGGGAAAUUGAUGAUUUUAUGGAAAAAGAAAUUCUCAAAAAACCUCAUAAAUUUAAACCCGACCCAGUUGUUAAUUUUGAAGAAGGUUCUGGAAAACUUCGCAAAAGAAAGAAAAGAUUCCGAAAAAGUUCAGACAAACUUGUUGAAAAAAAAUGUUUCAAUGAAAAUCCUUAUUAUGUUUCUAUUAAAGGAAAAUCUUACGACAAUCUGAUACAAAGUCUUUUUUCCAAAAAAAAGAGAGCACUACCUUCGGAGGCGUUAAUACGUCUUCAAGAUAAACUAGACAAUUCCUCCGAAAGAGAAGCCUCUCCUAAAAUCAAACCCGAAAAGCGAUUUGCAGAUCUUUCCUAUUUGAUGCAGUCGAACAUUUUAAAUGACAUGGAAAUUAAAUUUCAUAGAUCAUUAAUGAAACAAAACACAUUGAGAAACAUGGCAAGCUGGGCGAAUCGGCGCAUACGAACUCUAGAGGAAACAUGCCUCGAGUGGAAAAGCAGGAAAAUACCAGAUGAAGAAUUUAUUUUCAAGGUGCUUGAGACACCUAAGAUAUUUUUGGCCUGGUUAACAAGAUGCAUCCAGUUAAAUGAAUCCUUUAAAAUUGCUCAGCAACUGAGGGCAAGCAAAAUGUUUCAGUACAUUUUUGCCAUUUUUAAAUAUAUUCAAAGUAACAAUCUUGAAGAAUCAAUAUUAAGGGAAAUUGAUGAUUUUAUGGAAAAAGAAAUUCUCAAAAAACCUCAUAAAUUUAAACCCGACCCAGUUGUUAAUUUUAAAGAAGGUUCUGGAAAACUUCGCAAAAGAAAGAAAAGAUUCCGAAAAAGUUCAGACAAACUUGUUGAAAAAAAAUGUUUCAAUGAAAAUCCUUAUUAUGUUUCUAUUAAAGGAAAACCUUACGACAAUCUGAUACAAAGUCUUUUUUCCAAAAAAAAGAGAGCACUACCUUCGGAGGCGUUAAUACGUCUUCAAGAUAAACUAGACAAUUCCUCCGAAAGAGAAGCCUCUCCUAAAAUCAGAAAAUCUUACGACAAUCUGAUACAAAGUCUUUUUUCCAAAAAAAAGAGAGCACUACCUUCGGAGGCGUUAAUACGUCUUCAAGAUAAACUAGACAAUUCCUCCGAAAGAGAAGCCUCUCCUAAAAUCAAACCCGAAAAGCGAUUUGCAGAUCUUUCCUAUUUGAUGCAGUCGAACAUUUUAAAUGACAUGGAAAUUAAAUUUCAUAGAUCAUUAAUGAAACAAAACACAUUGAGAAACAUGGCAAGCUGGGCGAAUCGGCGCAUACGAACUCUAGAGGAAACAUGCCUCGAGUGGAAAAGCAGGAAAAUACCAGAUGAAGAAUUUAUUUUCAAGGUGCUUGAGACACCUAAGAUAUUUUUGGCCUGGUUAACAAGAUGCAUCCAGUUAAAUGAAUCCUUUAAAAUUGCUCAGCAACUGAGGGCAAGCAAAAUGUUUCAGUACAUUUUUGCCAUUUUUAAAUAUAUUCAAAGUAACAAUCUUGAAGAAUCAAUAUUAAGGGAAAUUGAUGAUUUUAUGGAAAAAGAAAUUCUCAAAAAACCUCAUAAAUUUAAACCCGACCCAGUUGUUAAUUUUGAAGAAGGUUCUGGAAAACUUCGCAAAAGAAAGAAAAGAUUCCGAAAAAGUUCAGACAAACUUGUUGAAAAAAAAUGUUUCAAUGAAAAUCCUUAUUAUGUUUCUAUUAAAGGAAAAUCUUACGACAAUCUGAUACAAAGUCUUUUUUCCAAAAAAAAGAGAGCACUACCUUCGGAGGCGUUAAUACGUCUUCAAGAUAAACUAGACAAUUCCUCCGAAAGAGAAGCCUCUCCUAAAAUCAAACCCGAAAAGCGAUUUGCAGACCUUUCCUAUUUGAUGCAGUCGAACAUUUUAAAUGACAUGGAAAUUAAAUUUCAUAGAUCAUUAAUGAAACAAAACACAUUGAGAAACAUGGCAAGCUGGGCGAAUCGGCGCAUACGAACUCUAGAGGAAACAUGCCUCGAGUGGAAAAGCAGGAAAAUACCAGAUGAAGAAUUUAUUUUCAAGGUGCUUGAGACACCUAAGAUAUUUUUGGCCUGGUUAACAAGAUGCAUCCAGUUAAAUGAAUCCUUUAAAAUUGCUCAGCAACUGAGGGCAAGCAAAAUGUUUCAGUACAUUUUUGCCAUUUUUAAAUAUAUUCAAAGUAACAAUCUUGAAGAAUCAAUAUUAAGGGAAAUUGAUGAUUUUAUGGAAAAAGAAAUUCUCAAAAAACCUCAUAAAUUUAAACCCGACCCAGUUGUUAAUUUUGAAGAAGGUUCUGGAAAACUUCGCAAAAGAAAGAAAAGAUUCCGAAAAAGUUCAGACAAACUUGUUGAAAAAAAAUGUUUCAAUGAAAAUCCUUAUUAUGUUUCUAUUAAAGGAAAAUCUUACGACAAUCUGAUACAAAGUCUUUUUUCCAAAAAAAAGAGAGCACUACCUUCGGAGGCGUUAAUACGUCUUCAAGAUAAACUAGACAAUUCCUCCGAAAGAGAAGCCUCUCCUAAAAUCAAACCCGAAAAGCGAUUUGCAGACCUUUCCUAUUUGAUGCAGUCGAACAUUUUAAAUGACAUGGAAAUUAAAUUUCAUAGAUCAUUAAUGAAACAAAACACAUUGAGAAACAUGGCAAGCUGGGCGAAUCGGCGCAUACGAACUCUAGAGGAAACAUGCCUCGAGUGGAAAAGCAGGAAAAUACCAGAUGAAGAAUUUAUUUUCAAGGUGCUUGAGACACCUAAGAUAUUUUUGGCCUGGUUAACAAGAUGCAUCCAGUUAAAUGAAUCCUUUAAAAUUGCUCAGCAACUGAGGGCAAGCAAAAUGUUUCAGUACAUUUUUGCCAUUUUUAAAUAUAUUCAAAGUAACAAUCUUGAAGAAUCAAUAUUAAGGGAAAUUGAUGAUUUUAUGGAAAAAGAAAUUCUCAAAAAACCUCAUAAAUUUAAACCCGACCCAGUUGUUAAUUUUGAAGAAGGUUCUGGAAAACUUCGCAAAAGAAAGAAAAGAUUCCGAAAAAGUUCAGACAAACUUGUUGAAAAAAAAUGUUUCAAUGAAAAUCCUUAUUAUGUUUCUAUUAAAGGAAAAUCUUACGACAAUCUGAUACAAAGUCUUUUUUCCAAAAAAAAGAGAGCACUACCUUCGGAGGCGUUAAUACGUCUUCAAGAUAAACUAGACAAUUCCUCCGAAAGAGAAGCCUCUCCUAAAAUCAAACCCGAAAAGCGAUUUGCAGACCUUUCCUAUUUGAUGCAGUCGAACAUUUUAAAUGACAUGGAAAUUAAAUUUCAUAGAUCAUUAAUGAAACAAAACACAUUGAGAAACAUGGCAAGCUGGGCGAAUCGGCGCAUACGAACUCUAGAGGAAACAUGCCUCGAGUGGAAAAGCAGGAAAAUACCAGAUGAAGAAUUUAUUUUCAAGGUGCUUGAGACACCUAAGAUAUUUUUGGCCUGGUUAACAAGAUGCAUCCAGUUAAAUGAAUCCUUUAAAAUUGCUCAGCAACUGAGGGCAAGCAAAAUGUUUCAGUACAUUUUUGCCAUUUUUAAAUAUAUUCAAAGUAACAAUCUUGAAGAAUCAAUAUUAAGGGAAAUUGAUGAUUUUAUGGAAAAAGAAAUUCUCAAAAAACCUCAUAAAUUUAAACCCGACCCAGUUGUUAAUUUUGAAGAAGGUUCUGGAAAACUUCGCAAAAGAAAGAAAAGAUUCCGAAAAAGUUCAGACAAACUUGUUGAAAAAAAAUGUUUCAAUGAAAAUCCUUAUUAUGUUUCUAUUAAAGGAAAAUCUUACGACAAUCUGAUACAAAGUCUUUUUUCCAAAAAAAAGAGAGCACUACCUUCGGAGGCGUUAAUACGUCUUCAAGAUAAACUAGACAAUUCCUCCGAAAGAGAAGCCUCUCCUAAAAUCAAACCCGAAAAGCGAUUUGCAGACCUUUCCUAUUUGAUGCAGUCGAACAUUUUAAAUGACAUGGAAAUUAAAUUUUAUAGAUCAUUAAUGAAACAAAACACAUUGAGAAACAUGGCAAGCUGGGCGAAUCGGCGCAUACGAACUCUAGAGGAAACAUGCCUCGAGUGGAAAAGCAGGAAAAUACCAGAUGAAGAAUUUAUUUUCAAGGUGCUUGAGACACCUAAGAUAUUUUUGGCCUGGUUAACAAGAUGCAUCCAGUUAAAUGAAUCCUUUAAAAUUGCUCAGCAACUCUUGGCAAGCAAAAUGUUUCAGUACAUUUUUGCCAUUUUUAAAUAUAUUCAAAGUAACAAUCUUGAAGAAUCAAUAUUAAGGGAAAUUGAUGAUUUUAUGGAAAAAGAAAUUCUCAAAAAACCUCAUAAAUUUAAACCCGACCCAGUUGUUAAUUUUGAAGAAGGUUCUGGAAAACUUCGCAAAAGAAAGAAAAGAUUCCGAAAAAGUUCAGACAAACUUGUUGAAAAAAAAUGUUUCAAUGAAAAUCCUUAUUAUGUUUCUAUUAAAGGAAAAUCUUACGACAAUCUGAUACAAAGUCUUUUUUCCAAAAAAAAGAGAGCACUACCUUCGGAGGCGUUAAUACGUCUUCAAGAUAAACUAGACAAUUCCUCCGAAAGAGAAGCCUCUCCUAAAAUCAAACCCGAAAAGCGAUUUGCAGACCUUUCCUAUUUGAUGCAGUCGAACAUUUUAAAUGACAUGGAAAUUAAAUUUCAUAGAUCAUUAAUGAAACAAAACACAUUGAGAAACAUGGCAAGCUGGGCGAAUCGGCGCAUACGAACUCUAGAGGAAACAUGCCUCGAGUGGAAAAGCAGGAAAAUACCAGAUGAAGAAUUUAUUUUCAAGGUGCUUGAGACACCUAAGAUAUUUUUGGCCUGGUUAACAAGAUGCAUCCAGUUAAAUGAAUCCUUUAAAAUUGCUCAGCAACUGAGGGCAAGCAAAAUGUUUCAGUACAUUUUUGCCAUUUUUAAAUAUAUUCAAAGUAACAAUCUUGAAGAAUCAAUAUUAAGGGAAAUUGAUGAUUUUAUGGAAAAAGAAAUUCUCAAAAAACCUCAUAAAUUUAAACCCGACCCAGUUGUUAAUUUUGAAGAAGGUUCUGGAAAACUUCGCAAAAGAAAGAAAAGAUUCCGAAAAAGUUCAGACAAACUUGUUGAAAAAAAAUGUUUCAAUGAAAAUCCUUAUUAUGUUUCUAUUAAAGGAAAAUCUUACGACAAUCUGAUACAAAGUCUUUUUUCCAAAAAAAAGAGAGCACUACCUUCGGAGGCGUUAAUACGUCUUCAAGAUAAACUAGACAAUUCCUCCGAAAGAGAAGCCUCUCCUAAAAUCAAACCCGAAAAGCGAUUUGCAGACCUUUCCUAUUUGAUGCAGUCGAACAUUUUAAAUGACAUGGAAAUUAAAUUUCAUAGAUCAUUAAUGAAACAAAACACAUUGAGAAACAUGGCAAGCUGGGCGAAUCGGCGCAUACGAACUCUAGAGGAAACAUGCCUCGAGUGGAAAAGCAGGAAAAUACCAGAUGAAGAAUUUAUUUUCAAGGUGCUUGAGACACCUAAGAUAUUUUUGGCCUGGUUAACAAGAUGCAUCCAGUUAAAUGAAUCCUUUAAAAUUGCUCAGCAACUGAGGGCAAGCAAAAUGUUUCAGUACAUUUUUGCCAUUUUUAAAUAUAUUCAAAGUAACAAUCUUGAAGAAUCAAUAUUAAGGGAAAUUGAUGAUUUUAUGGAAAAAGAAAUUCUCAAAAAACCUCAUAAAUUUAAACCCGACCCAGUUGUUAAUUUUGAAGAAGGUUCUGGAAAACUUCGCAAAAGAAAGAAAAGAUUCCGAAAAAGUUCAGACAAACUUGUUGAAAAAAAAUGUUUCAAUGAAAAUCCUUAUUAUGUUUCUAUUAAAGGAAAAUCUUACGACAAUCUGAUACAAAGUCUUUUUUCCAAAAAAAAGAGAGCACUACCUUCGGAGGCGUUAAUACGUCUUCAAGAUAAACUACACAAUUCCUCCGAAAGAGAAGCCUCUCCUAAAAUCAAACCCGAAAAGCGAUUUGCAGACCUUUCCUAUUUGAUGCAGUCGAACAUUUUAAAUGACAUGGAAAUUAAAUUUCAUAGAUCAUUAAUGAAACAAAACACAUUGAGAAACAUGGCAAGCUGGGCGAAUCGGCGCAUACGAACUCUAGAGGAAACAUGCCUCGAGUGGAAAAGCAGGAAAAUACCAGAUGAAGAAUUUAUUUUCAAGGUGCUUGAGACACCUAAGAUAUUUUUGGCCUGGUUAACAAGAUGCAUCCAGUUAAAUGAAUCCUUUAAAAUUGCUCAGCAACUGAGGGCAAGCAAAAUGUUUCAGUACAUUUUUGCCAUUUUUAAAUAUAUUCAAAGUAACAAUCUUGAAGAAUCAAUAUUAAGGGAAAUUGAUGAUUUUAUGGAAAAAGAAAUUCUCAAAAAACCUCAUAAAUUUAAACCCGACCCAGUUGUUAAUUUUGAAGAAGGUUCUGGAAAACUUCGCAAAAGAAAGAAAAGAUUCCGAAAAAGUUCAGACAAACUUGUUGAAAAAAAAUGUUUCAAUGAAAAUCCUUAUUAUGUUUCUAUUAAAGGAAAACCUUACGACAAUCUGAUACAAAGUCUUUUUUCCAAAAAAAAGAGAGCACUACCUUCGGAGGCGUUAAUACGUCUUCAAGAUAAACUAGACAAUUCCUCCGAAAGAGAAGCCUCUCCUAAAAUCAGAAAAUCUUACGACAAUCUGAUACAAAGUCUUUUUUCCAAAAAAAAGAGAGCACUACCUUCGGAGGCGUUAAUACGUCUUCAAGAUAAACUAGACAAUUCCUCCGAAAGAGAAGCCUCUCCUAAAAUCAAACCCGAAAAGCGAUUUGCAGACCUUUCCUAUUUGAUGCAGUCGAACAUUUUAAAUGACAUGGAAAUUAAAUUUCAUAGAUCAUUAAUGAAACAAAACACAUUGAGAAACAUGGCAAGCUGGGCGAAUCGGCGCAUACGAACUCUAGAGGAAACAUGCCUCGAGUGGAAAAGCAGGAAAAUACCAGAUGAAGAAUUUAUUUUCAAGGUGCUUGAGACACCUAAGAUAUUUUUGGCCUGGUUAACAAGAUGCAUCCAGUUAAAUGAAUCCUUUAAAAUUGCUCAGCAACUGAGGGCAAGCAAAAUGUUUCAGUACAUUUUUGCCAUUUUUAAAUAUAUUCAAAGUAACAAUCUUGAAGAAUCAAUAUUAAGGGAAAUUGAUGAUUUUAUGGAAAAAGAAAUUCUCAAAAAACCUCAUAAAUUUAAACCCGACCCAGUUGUUAAUUUUGAAGAAGGUUCUGGAAAACUUCGCAAAAGAAAGAAAAGAUUCCGAAAAAGUUCAGACAAACUUGUUGAAAAAAAAUGUUUCAAUGAAAAUCCUUAUUAUGUUUCUAUUAAAGGAAAAUCUUACGACAAUCUGAUACAAAGUCUUUUUUCCAAAAAAAAGAGAGCACUACCUUCGGAGGCGUUAAUACGUCUUCAAGAUAAACUAGACAAUUCCUCCGAAAGAGAAGCCUCUCCUAAAAUCAAACCCGAAAAGCGAUUUGCAGACCUUUCCUAUUUGAUGCAGUCGAACAUUUUAAAUGACAUGGAAAUUAAAUUUCAUAGAUCAUUAAUGAAACAAAACACAUUGAGAAACAUGGCAAGCUGGGCGAAUCGGCGCAUACGAACUCUAGAGGAAACAUGCCUCGAGUGGAAAAGCAGGAAAAUACCAGAUGAAGAAUUUAUUUUCAAGGUGCUUGAGACACCUAAGAUAUUUUUGGCCUGGUUAACAAGAUGCAUCCAGUUAAAUGAAUCCUUUAAAAUUGCUCAGCAACUGAGGGCAAGCAAAAUGUUUCAGUACAUUUUUGCCAUUUUUAAAUAUAUUCAAAGUAACAAUCUUGAAGAAUCAAUAUUAAGGGAAAUUGAUGAUUUUAUGGAAAAAGAAAUUCUCAAAAAACCUCAUAAAUUUAAACCCGACCCAGUUGUUAAUUUUGAAGAAGGUUCUGGAAAACUUCGCAAAAGAAAGAAAAGAUUCCGAAAAAGUUCAGACAAACUUGUUGAAAAAAAAUGUUUCAAUGAAAAUCCUUAUUAUGUUUCUAUUAAAGGAAAAUCUUACGACAAUCUGAUACAAAGUCUUUUUUCCAAAAAAAAGAGAGCACUACCUUCGGAGGCGUUAAUACGUCUUCAAGAUAAACUACACAAUUCCUCCGAAAGAGAAGCCUCUCCUAAAAUCAAACCCGAAAAGCGAUUUGCAGACCUUUCCUAUUUGAUGCAGUCGAACAUUUUAAAUGACAUGGAAAUUAAAUUUCAUAGAUCAUUAAUGAAACAAAACACAUUGAGAAACAUGGCAAGCUGGGCGAAUCGGCGCAUACGAACUCUAGAGGAAACAUGCCUCGAGUGGAAAAGCAGGAAAAUACCAGAUGAAGAAUUUAUUUUCAAGGUGCUUGAGACACCUAAGAUAUUUUUGGCCUGGUUAACAAGAUGCAUCCAGUUAAAUGAAUCCUUUAAAAUUGCUCAGCAACUGAGGGCAAGCAAAAUGUUUCAGUACAUUUUUGCCAUUUUUAAAUAUAUUCAAAGUAACAAUCUUGAAGAAUCAAUAUUAAGGGAAAUUGAUGAUUUUAUGGAAAAAGAAAUUCUCAAAAAACCUCAUAAAUUUAAACCCGACCCAGUUGUUAAUUUUGAAGAAGGUUCUGGAAAACUUCGCAAAAGAAAGAAAAGAUUCCGAAAAAGUUCAGACAAACUUGUUGAAAAAAAAUGUUUCAAUGAAAAUCCUUAUUAUGUUUCUAUUAAAGGAAAACCUUACGACAAUCUGAUACAAAGUCUUUUUUCCAAAAAAAAGAGAGCACUACCUUCGGAGGCGUUAAUACGUCUUCAAGAUAAACUAGACAAUUCCUCCGAAAGAGAAGCCUCUCCUAAAAUCAGAAAAUCUUACGACAAUCUGAUACAAAGUCUUUUUUCCAAAAAAAAGAGAGCACUACCUUCGGAGGCGUUAAUACGUCUUCAAGAUAAACUAGACAAUUCCUCCGAAAGAGAAGCCUCUCCUAAAAUCAAACCCGAAAAGCGAUUUGCAGAUCUUUCCUAUUUGAUGCAGUCGAACAUUUUAAAUGACAUGGAAAUUAAAUUUCAUAGAUCAUUAAUGAAACAAAACACAUUGAGAAACAUGGCAAGCUGGGCGAAUCGGCGCAUACGAACUCUAGAGGAAACAUGCCUCGAGUGGAAAAGCAGGAAAAUACCAGAUGAAGAAUUUAUUUUCAAGGUGCUUGAGACACCUAAGAUAUUUUUGGCCUGGUUAACAAGAUGCAUCCAGUUAAAUGAAUCCUUUAAAAUUGCUCAGCAACUGAGGGCAAGCAAAAUGUUUCAGUACAUUUUUGCCAUUUUUAAAUAUAUUCAAAGUAACAAUCUUGAAGAAUCAAUAUUAAGGGAAAUUGAUGAUUUUAUGGAAAAAGAAAUUCUCAAAAAACCUCAUAAAUUUAAACCCGACCCAGUUGUUAAUUUUGAAGAAGGUUCUGGAAAACUUCGCAAAAGAAAGAAAAGAUUCCGAAAAAGUUCAGACAAACUUGUUGAAAAAAAAUGUUUCAAUGAAAAUCCUUAUUAUGUUUCUAUUAAAGGAAAAUCUUACGACAAUCUGAUACAAAGUCUUUUUUCCAAAAAAAAGAGAGCACUACCUUCGGAGGCGUUAAUACGUCUUCAAGAUAAACUAGACAAUUCCUCCGAAAGAGAAGCCUCUCCUAAAAUCAAACCCGAAAAGCGAUUUGCAGACCUUUCCUAUUUGAUGCAGUCGAACAUUUUAAAUGACAUGGAAAUUAAAUUUCAUAGAUCAUUAAUGAAACAAAACACAUUGAGAAACAUGGCAAGCUGGGCGAAUCGGCGCAUACGAACUCUAGAGGAAACAUGCCUCGAGUGGAAAAGCAGGAAAAUACCAGAUGAAGAAUUUAUUUUCAAGGUGCUUGAGACACCUAAGAUAUUUUUGGCCUGGUUAACAAGAUGCAUCCAGUUAAAUGAAUCCUUUAAAAUUGCUCAGCAACUGAGGGCAAGCAAAAUGUUUCAGUACAUUUUUGCCAUUUUUAAAUAUAUUCAAAGUAACAAUCUUGAAGAAUCAAUAUUAAGGGAAAUUGAUGAUUUUAUGGAAAAAGAAAUUCUCAAAAAACCUCAUAAAUUUAAACCCGACCCAGUUGUUAAUUUUGAAGAAGGUUCUGGAAAACUUCGCAAAAGAAAGAAAAGAUUCCGAAAAAGUUCAGACAAACUUGUUGAAAAAAAAUGUUUCAAUGAAAAUCCUUAUUAUGUUUCUAUUAAAGGAAAAUCUUACGACAAUCUGAUACAAAGUCUUUUUUCCAAAAAAAAGAGAGCACUACCUUCGGAGGCGUUAAUACGUCUUCAAGAUAAACUAGACAAUUCCUCCGAAAGAGAAGCCUCUCCUAAAAUCAAACCCGAAAAGCGAUUUGCAGACCUUUCCUAUUUGAUGCAGUCGAACAUUUUAAAUGACAUGGAAAUUAAAUUUCAUAGAUCAUUAAUGAAACAAAACACAUUGAGAAACAUGGCAAGCUGGGCGAAUCGGCGCAUACGAACUCUAGAGGAAACAUGCCUCGAGUGGAAAAGCAGGAAAAUACCAGAUGAAGAAUUUAUUUUCAAGGUGCUUGAGACACCUAAGAUAUUUUUGGCCUGGUUAACAAGAUGCAUCCAGUUAAAUGAAUCCUUUAAAAUUGCUCAGCAACUGAGGGCAAGCAAAAUGUUUCAGUACAUUUUUGCCAUUUUUAAAUAUAUUCAAAGUAACAAUCUUGAAGAAUCAAUAUUAAGGGAAAUUGAUGAUUUUAUGGAAAAAGAAAUUCUCAAAAAACCUCAUAAAUUUAAACCCGACCCAGUUGUUAAUUUUGAAGAAGGUUCUGGAAAACUUCGCAAAAGAAAGAAAAGAUUCCGAAAAAGUUCAGACAAACUUGUUGAAAAAAAAUGUUUCAAUGAAAAUCCUUAUUAUGUUUCUAUUAAAGGAAAAUCUUACGACAAUCUGAUACAAAGUCUUUUUUCCAAAAAAAAGAGAGCACUACCUUCGGAGGCGUUAAUACGUCUUCAAGAUAAACUAGACAAUUCCUCCGAAAGAGAAGCCUCUCCUAAAAUCAAACCCGAAAAGCGAUUUGCAGACCUUUCCUAUUUGAUGCAGUCGAACAUUUUAAAUGACAUGGAAAUUAAAUUUCAUAGAUCAUUAAUGAAACAAAACACAUUGAGAAACAUGGCAAGCUGGGCGAAUCGGCGCAUACGAACUCUAGAGGAAACAUGCCUCGAGUGGAAAAGCAGGAAAAUACCAGAUGAAGAAUUUAUUUUCAAGGUGCUUGAGACACCUAAGAUAUUUUUGGCCUGGUUAACAAGAUGCAUCCAGUUAAAUGAAUCCUUUAAAAUUGCUCAGCAACUGAGGGCAAGCAAAAUGUUUCAGUACAUUUUUGCCAUUUUUAAAUAUAUUCAAAGUAACAAUCUUGAAGAAUCAAUAUUAAGGGAAAUUGAUGAUUUUAUGGAAAAAGAAAUUCUCAAAAAACCUCAUAAAUUUAAACCCGACCCAGUUGUUAAUUUUGAAGAAGGUUCUGGAAAACUUCGCAAAAGAAAGAAAAGAUUCCGAAAAAGUUCAGACAAACUUGUUGAAAAAAAAUGUUUCAAUGAAAAUCCUUAUUAUGUUUCUAUUAAAGGAAAAUCUUACGACAAUCUGAUACAAAGUCUUUUUUCCAAAAAAAAGAGAGCACUACCUUCGGAGGCGUUAAUACGUCUUCAAGAUAAACUAGACAAUUCCUCCGAAAGAGAAGCCUCUCCUAAAAUCAAACCCGAAAAGCGAUUUGCAGACCUUUCCUAUUUGAUGCAGUCGAACAUUUUAAAUGACAUGGAAAUUAAAUUUCAUAGAUCAUUAAUGAAACAAAACACAUUGAGAAACAUGGCAAGCUGGGCGAAUCGGCGCAUACGAACUCUAGAGGAAACAUGCCUCGAGUGGAAAAGCAGGAAAAUACCAGAUGAAGAAUUUAUUUUCAAGGUGCUUGAGACACCUAAGAUAUUUUUGGCCUGGUUAACAAGAUGCAUCCAGUUAAAUGAAUCCUUUAAAAUUGCUCAGCUACUGAGGGCAAGCAAAAUGUUUCAGUACAUUUUUGCCAUUUUUAAAUAUAUUCAAAGUAACAAUCUUGAAGAAUCAAUAUUAAGGGAAAUUGAUGAUUUUAUGGAAAAAGAAAUUCUCAAAAAACCUCAUAAAUUUAAACCCGACCCAGUUGUUAAUUUUGAAGAAGGUUCUGGAAAACUUCGCAAAAGAAAGAAAAGAUUCCGAAAAAGUUCAGACAAACUUGUUGAAAAAAAAUGUUUCAAUGAAAAUCCUUAUUAUGUUUCUAUUAAAGGAAAAUCUUACGACAAUCUGAUACAAAGUCUUUUUUCCAAAAAAAAGAGAGCACUACCUUCGGAGGCGUUAAUACGUCUUCAAGAUAAACUAGACAAUUCCUCCGAAAGAGAAGCCUCUCCUAAAAUCAAACCCGAAAAGCGAUUUGCAGACCUUUCCUAUUUGAUGCAGUCGAACAUUUUAAAUGACAUGGAAAUUAAAUUUCAUAGAUCAUUAAUGAAACAAAACACAUUGAGAAACAUGGCAAGCUGGGCGAAUCGGCGCAUACGAACUCUAGAGGAAACAUGCCUCGAGUGGAAAAGCAGGAAAAUACCAGAUGAAGAAUUUAUUUUCAAGGUGCUUGAGACACCUAAGAUAUUUUUGGCCUGGUUAACAAGAUGCAUCCAGUUAAAUGAAUCCUUUAAAAUUGCUCAGCAACUGAGGGCAAGCAAAAUGUUUCAGUACAUUUUUGCCAUUUUUAAAUAUAUUCAAAGUAACAAUCUUGAAGAAUCAAUAUUAAGGGAAAUUGAUGAUUUUAUGGAAAAAGAAAUUCUCAAAAAACCUCAUAAAUUUAAACCCGACCCAGUUGUUAAUUUUGAAGAAGGUUCUGGAAAACUUCGCAAAAGAAAGAAAAGAUUCCGAAAAAGUUCAGACAAACUUGUUGAAAAAAAAUGUUUCAAUGAAAAUCCUUAUUAUGUUUCUAUUAAAGGAAAAUCUUACGACAAUCUGAUACAAAGUCUUUUUUCCAAAAAAAAGAGAGCACUACCUUCGGAGGCGUUAAUACGUCUUCAAGAUAAACUACACAAUUCCUCCGAAAGAGAAGCCUCUCCUAAAAUCAAACCCGAAAAGCGAUUUGCAGACCUUUCCUAUUUGAUGCAGUCGAACAUUUUAAAUGACAUGGAAAUUAAAUUUCAUAGAUCAUUAAUGAAACAAAACACAUUGAGAAACAUGGCAAGCUGGGCGAAUCGGCGCAUACGAACUCUAGAGGAAACAUGCCUCGAGUGGAAAAGCAGGAAAAUACCAGAUGAAGAAUUUAUUUUCAAGGUGCUUGAGACACCUAAGAUAUUUUUGGCCUGGUUAACAAGAUGCAUCCAGUUAAAUGAAUCCUUUAAAAUUGCUCAGCAACUGAGGGCAAGCAAAAUGUUUCAGUACAUUUUUGCCAUUUUUAAAUAUAUUCAAAGUAACAAUCUUGAAGAAUCAAUAUUAAGGGAAAUUGAUGAUUUUAUGGAAAAAGAAAUUCUCAAAAAACCUCAUAAAUUUAAACCCGACCCAGUUGUUAAUUUUGAAGAAGGUUCUGGAAAACUUCGCAAAAGAAAGAAAAGAUUCCGAAAAAGUUCAGACAAACUUGUUGAAAAAAAAUGUUUCAAUGAAAAUCCUUAUUAUGUUUCUAUUAAAGGAAAACCUUACGACAAUCUGAUACAAAGUCUUUUUUCCAAAAAAAAGAGAGCACUACCUUCGGAGGCGUUAAUACGUCUUCAAGAUAAACUAGACAAUUCCUCCGAAAGAGAAGCCUCUCCUAAAAUCAGAAAAUCUUACGACAAUCUGAUACAAAGUCUUUUUUCCAAAAAAAAGAGAGCACUACCUUCGGAGGCGUUAAUACGUCUUCAAGAUAAACUAGACAAUUCCUCCGAAAGAGAAGCCUCUCCUAAAAUCAGAAAAUCUUACGACAAUCUGAUACAAAGUCUUUUUUCCAAAAAAAAGAGAGCACUACCUUCGGAGGCGUUAAUACGUCUUCAAGAUAAACUAGACAAUUCCUCCGAAAGAGAAGCCUCUCCUAAAAUCAGAAAAUCUUACGACAAUCUGAUACAAAGUCUUUUUUCCAAAAAAAAGAGAGCACUACCUUCGGAGGCGUUAAUACGUCUUCAAGAUAAACUAGACAAUUCCUCCGAAAGAGAAGCCUCUCCUAAAAUCAAACCCGAAAAGCGAUUUGCAGACCUUUCCUAUUUGAUGCAGUCGAACAUUUUAAAUGACAUGGAAAUUAAAUUUCAUAGAUCAUUAAUGAAACAAAACACAUUGAGAAACAUGGCAAGCUGGGCGAAUCGGCGCAUACGAACUCUAGAGGAAACAUGCCUCGAGUGGAAAAGCAGGAAAAUACCAGAUGAAGAAUUUAUUUUCAAGGUGCUUGAGACACCUAAGAUAUUUUUGGCCUGGUUAACAAGAUGCAUCCAGUUAAAUGAAUCCUUUAAAAUUGCUCAGCAACUGAGGGCAAGCAAAAUGUUUCAGUACAUUUUUGCCAUUUUUAAAUAUAUUCAAAGUAACAAUCUUGAAGAAUCAAUAUUAAGGGAAAUUGAUGAUUUUAUGGAAAAAGCGAAUCGGCGCAUACGAACUCUAGAGGAAACAUGCCUCGAGUGGAAAAGCAGGAAAAUACCAGAUGAAGAAUUUAUUUUCAAGGUGCUUGAGACACCUAAGAUAUUUUUGGCCUGGUUAACAAGAUGCAUCCAGUUAAAUGAAUCCUUUAAAAUUGCUCAGCAACUGAGGGCAAGCAAAAUGUUUCAGUACAUUUUUGCCAUUUUUAAAUAUAUUCAAAGUAACAAUCUUGAAGAAUCAAUAUUAAGGGAAAUUGAUGAUUUUAUGGAAAAAGAAAUUCUCAAAAAACCUCAUAAAUUUAAACCCGACCCAGUUGUUAAUUUUGAAGAAGGUUCUGGAAAACUUCGCAAAAGAAAGAAAAGAUUCCGAAAAAGUUCAGACAAACUUGUUGAAAAAAAAUGUUUCAAUGAAAAUCCUUAUUAUGUUUCUAUUAAAGGAAAAUCUUACGACAAUCUGAUACAAAGUCUUUUUUCCAAAAAAAAGAGAGCACUACCUUCGGAGGCGUUAAUACGUCUUCAAGAUAAACUAGACAAUUCCUCCGAAAGAGAAGCCUCUCCUAAAAUCAAACCCGAAAAGCGAUUUGCAGACCUUUCCUAUUUGAUGCAGUCGAACAUUUUAAAUGACAUGGAAAUUAAAUUUCAUAGAUCAUUAAUGAAACAAAACACAUUGAGAAACAUGGCAAGCUGGGCGAAUCGGCGCAUACGAACUCUAGAGGAAACAUGCCUCGAGUGGAAAAGCAGGAAAAUAUUAGAUGAAGAAUUUAUUUUCAAGGUGCUUGAGACACCUAAGAUAUUUUUGGCCUGGUUAACAAGAUGCAUCCAGUUAAAUGAAUCCUUUAAAAUUGCUCAGCAACUGAGGGCAAGCAAAAUGUUUCAGUACAUUUUUGCCAUUUUUAAAUAUAUUCAAAGUAACAAUCUUGAAGAAUCAAUAUUAAGGGAAAUUGAUGAUUUUAUGGAAAAAGAAAUUCUCAAAAAACCUCAUAAAUUUAAACCCGACCCAGUUGUUAAUUUUGAAGAAGGUUCUGGAAAACUUCGCAAAAGAAAGAAAAGAUUCCGAAAAAGUUCAGACAAACUUGUUGAAAAAAAAUGUUUCAAUGAAAAUCCUUAUUAUGUUUCUAUUAAAGGAAAACCUUACGACAAUCUGAUACAAAGUCUUUUUUCCAAAAAAAAGAGAGCACUACCUUCGGAGGCGUUAAUACGUCUUCAAGAUAAACUAGACAAUUCCUCCGAAAGAGAAGCCUCUCCUAAAAUCAGUCCGGUGUUAAGACGAAGUACCCGGAAUAUAACAUCUUUAUUUUCUCGUAACGAUUAUUUCAAGGAAAAAAUUCUGAGCGGAACUUCGGAGGGAUUAAAAGUUGAAAUAAUCGAAGGAAAAGGGAGAGGAGUAAUGACCACCAGGCCAUUCUCAUCGGGGGAAUUUGUCACAGAAUAUUGCGGCGAACUAAUUAACCGAAAAGAAGCCUCUAUAAGGGAAAAGGAAUAUAGAAAUUUUGAAAGCAUUGGUAGUUAUAUGUAUUUUUUUAAAUACAGAAAUCAAAACUUUUGAACCCGAAAAGCGAUUUGCGACCUUUCAUAUUUGAUGCAGUCGAACAUUUUAAAUGACAUGGAAAUUAAAUUUCAUAGAUCAUUAAUGAAACAAAACACAUUGAGAAACAUGGCAAGCUGGGCGAAUCGGCGCAUACGAACUCUAGAGGAAACAUGCCUCGAGUGGAAAAGCAGGAAAAUACCAGAUGAAGAAUUUAUUUUCAAGGUGCUUGAGACACCUAAGAUAUUUUUGGCCUGGUUAACAAGAUGCAUCCAGUUAAAUGAAUCCUUUAAAAUUGCUCAGCAACUGAGGGCAAGCAAAAUGUUUCAGUAG